GCGUCCAACAGCGUGCGGGCUCAUCGUGAACGUGAACUCGACCGUCUCGACAGAAUAUCUUGAUCUGUGUCUAUGACUAUUACAUUGCGCGCAGGCUAUAAUAACAAAUUUAGAAAAAUUACUCUUCAAUUAUAAUUGAAGUUUGCUGUCUAGAUCUCUUGUUACCCGAAGAACGUCGUAAGCGUAGUGCCGCAGAGUUCAUGGUCAUUGGAAGAGAUUACCAAAAAGUUUUGUCGGCAUGUAUAGAUCCUUUCCCCCCAGAAGUGUUACGCCACGCGAUCGAUCGACGCAUGUAAUGUAAUUCUCAGCAACUAUCAGACUUCAUUAACACUCGAAACACCGACAUGGCAAGGGUUGACCUUCCUCCUGUGCCUGACCGCCAGACUAAAAAUUUGAUUCGGGGUGUCGGGCACUCUGAUUUGCUUCCGCAUACGCGAACUAAGUUUCCAGAGAACCUGGAUUUGCGCUACUGUGCGACGUGUAGGCAAUGCCAACAAAGUAUUUUUCACUAUGACUACAUGCCACGAGAUCGCGUGGCUUGAACACUAAUUCAGGUUAUCAAAUGCGACCGUAAAAGUCGCAUAUCAUCCUUCCAACAGUCAAGCGCAAGGCGAACCUGCUCGGAAGGCAUGGACAGAAGGAUGAGCGGACGGGAGGACGGGACGGAAGGAGGGAAGACUGCUAUCCCUCCGUCACUUACUAUCCGUCUGCCGAACUGCCUCUCCAAAACAUAUAAAAGCCCGUCCAACUUGAACGUUUAUCCUCACCUAUUCAACGUUCACAACAGUCAAGCAUCUACACCCAUCAGCACAUUACCAGUCUUCGCACUCAAGUCAUCUCUUAACGCCUUUACCUACAAAAUGCGUAACUCAUAUCUCACCGCUCUCGUCUUGCUCGCCGCCAGUUAUGGUCCAAACAUGGUCGAAGGUGCACCUGCACCUCCCCGUCCAGAGCGUGGUCGUCCCAUUCGACCUGCACCUCAACCUGCUCGUCCUAAUGCCCCCGCCAGUGGAACUGGCACUGGAACCGGUACUGGUACUGGAACUGGAACUGGUACCGGAACUGGCACUGGCACUGGCACAGGCACUGGAUCAGGAAGAAGUCGUGAUCCUCCUGCUCGUGCUCAACCUAAUCGACCUUCUCGACCUCGUCCUGCCGUUCCUGCACCACCACCAAACCCUAACGGACCAACCCAACCUACUGAACCUACUGAACCUACCCAACCAACACAGCCUGACCCAACACCGAAUCCUCCACCAACCACUGAGCCAGCUGCUACUCCACCUGCUUCUACUACGCCUCCAACAAGAACGCCACCUGCUACUACGACGCCCGUUGCUACCCCUCCCGCUAACACGGGUCCGACCAAUACCCCUCCUGCGUCGACACCCCCUCCUACUGGACAGCCGCCUGCUACUACACCGGUUGCUGCUACACCGGUAGCUACUACGCCGCCGGCAUCCACGCCAGUAGCUAGCACACCAGUAGCGACGACUCCUCCGGCUACAAGUACACCUCCUGCUGCCACACCAGUAGCGUCUACUCCUCCAGCCGCUACACCCCCAGCAACUACACCUGUUGCGACACCUCCUGCUACGACACCAGCAGCAAGCACACCUCCAGCAACCACGCCUCCCGCUAGUACACCACCAUCAAAUAUACCUCCAGCUAAUACACCUCCCCCUGCGACACCACCUGCUGCGACGCCGCCUGUUGUAACGUCUCCUUCUACGACACCAGUAGCAACUACACCUCCCGCAACCACACCUCCGGCUAGGACACCCCCUGUUGCGACACCUCCUGCUACCACGCCAGGACCAACCACACCCCCGGCAACGACUCCACCUGCUACCACACCACCUGCUGCUACACCACCUGUUGCGACACCUCCCGUUACUACACCACCUGCUACGACACCAGUAGCAACUACUCCUCCUGCAGCCACGCCACCUGCUAGUACACCACCUGUGACGACGCCACCAGCUGCUACACCUGUAGCGACACCCCCUGCAACAACUCCUCCUGCUAGCACGCCUGUGGCGACAACUCCCAUAGCAAGUACACCUGUUGCUACACCCCCUCCUGUCGCAACUUCGCCUCCUGCGACUACUCCGGUUGCUUCACCACCUGCAACUACUCCAGUAGCCGCUACACCACCAGUGACCACUCCAGUAGCCUCUACACCUCCUGCUACCACACCGGUUGCCACCACUCCAAUCGCCUCUACACCAGUGGCAGCUACGCCCCCAGCAAACACUCCCAUUGCUUCUACACCGAUAGCCUCUACCCCUCCUGCUACAACGCCAGUUGCUUCUACGCCAGUCGGCACUACUUCAAUUGCCGCCACACCACCAGUGAGAACUCCAGUACCGGCAACGCCUGUGUCCACACCUCCCGCAAGUACACCAGUUGCAAGUACGCCAGGUCCGACUACGCCUCCUACUACCACCCCAGGUGCAGCUACACCAGUUGCCACUACACCUCCCGUCACAACGCCAGUAGCAACACCUCCUGCUACAACACCGAUUGCGGCUACUCCUCCUCCUACUUCUCCAAUUGCGUCGACGCCGGUAGCCGCCACUCCGGUUGCAACACCAAUUGCCACUACACCAGUUGCAAACACACCUAUUGCCUCCACGCCAGUCGCCACGACUCCAGUGGCCUCUACACCAGUCGCUACAACUCCCAUCGCAACUACUCCAGUUGCAACUACGCCAGUCGCUACUACUCCACCAGCCACUACACCCGUUGUAACUACACCUGUAGCAAACACACCGGUAGCAUCUACGCCAACUGCUGCGACACCAGUCGCAACUACGCCCGUUGCAGCCACGCCCAUUGCAGGUACUCCUGUUGCAAGUACUCCUGUUGCAUCUACACCAGUUGCAACAACUCCGGUUGCCUCUACACCAGUAGCUGCCACACCAGUUGCUGCCAUACCAGUUGCAGCUACACCAGUAGCCUCUACACCUGUCUCUACGACUCCAGUUGCUAGUACUCCCAUUGCAAGUACUCCUAUAGCUUCUACGCCAGUUGCCACUACUCCGGUUGCAACUACACCUGUAGCCUCUACUCCUGUUGCAACAACUCCCAUUGCAGCUCUCGUUGCUUCGACGCCAGUCGCCACUACACCAGUUGCUACCACUCCUGUUGCCACUACGCCAGUUGCGAGUACGCCAGUUGCAGCUACUCCCAUUGCUUCCACGCCAGUAGCGUCUACACCUGUUGCAACAACUCCGGUUGCCUCUACACCAGUAGCUGCUUCACCAGUCGCAACUACACCAGUUGCAACCUCGCCUGUAGCUUCUACACCGGUUGUUACUACUCCAGUCGCCUCUACACCAGUUGCUAGUACUCCCGUCGCCAGUACACCAGUUGCAUCUACGCCUGUUGCAACUACCCCGGUUGCAGCUACCCCGGUUGUAACUACUCCUGUAGCUUCUGCGCCAGUUGUAAGUACUCCCGUCGCAACCACACCAGUCGCAACGACUCCUGUAGCUUCUACGCCAGUUGCAGCUACUCCCGUUGCCUCCACGCCAGUUGCAACCACUCCAGUAACGAAUACGCCUGUAGCCUCCACGCCAGCCGUUGCCUCUACAGUUACUUCUACUCCGGUCGCCGCUACACCUGUUGCCUCCACGCCGAUUGCAAACACACCUGCGGCCUCACCAGUUGCAGUCAGUCCAGCUGCGAUUACGCCGGCCGCAACUACUCCAGUGGCUAGCACUCCUGUUGCAUCUACGCCAGUCGCGGCGACGCCCGUGGCAUCUACUCCAGCUGCUAAUGCUCCAGCCGCCGUUACGCCAGUCGCUACGACGCCUGCAGCCUCUACGCCAGCAGCGCCUGCACCGGUAGCCUCUACCCCUGUUGCCGCUACACCCGUUGCCGCUACGCCAAUAGCCUCUACACCGGCUGCAGCUGCUCCCGUAGCAAGUACGCCGGUUGCCACUGUGCCGGCCGUCCCUACCCCAGUCGCCUCCACGCCAGCUGCUGCUGCUCCCGUUGCCACCCCACCAGUUGCAGCUACUCCAGUCGCUGCCACUCCCGUAGCGGGCACACCACCACCUGCUCCAGAAGCCUCUCCACCGGUAGUCGCUACUGUUCCGGCUGCCAGUGCCCCCGUAGCAGCAACUCCUCCACCUCCUACUCCCGUAGCAGGACCUCAGAAGCGAAGCCUGCCUGCAAAUCGCUACAUGCACGGCAAGUACGAGUAUCACACUGGCUCGUACUUCCCAACCUUCAAAGGACCGAAGAACGCAAAGUUAUCGGCUUUCGCUAAGUCGCAGUCCAAGAAAUCUAAGCCCAUUGAGGUUUCAUCUCCCCAGAGGAGAUAUCCCGUUGCGGCUCCUGCGAUGAGACGUUCGGGAGGUCUUCCCAAGUACAAGCGAAAUGCGCCGCCUUCGAUUGAGUUGCCUGCUAUCACAGGCUCUCGUUUCGCUAGUUCGACGUCUGGGUCUUCUUCACGCUCCGCUCGUCUUGUUCUCAAUGAGGCUGAUUACUAUACUCCCUACAUUGUUGCCUCCAAUGGUGGAGCACCUUCUCCGUCUUCGCCGGAGACUUUGGCUCCUCACGAGGCUAUCACCUCGAUUCUCCGGGGUUGGUUUUAGAUAGACCUGUUACAACGCACAUUCCUUUAAUACUAUAUAAUCACGAGUUUAGUAAUAAUGAUAAUUGGUUUCUCAUAGUCUCCCAAGCGUGCACUUCCGAGUCUUGAACGUUGAGAAUACUAAUGAGCUUCAACUCGACAACGAAGAUUUCGCGAUUGGCUUUUACUUGUUCAAGGUAUGUCUUCAUCGUCUUCACUGAACUUUUCAUUGAACUGACUUUUUCACAGGCUGGUUAACAUACAAGUCAAUUCAACAAAUCAAUAGGCUUGACACAACCCGCGUCACUCUCAAACAACUGUUACAAU